AUAGGGACAUUUUGGGGAUUAACCGCACUUUGUCCUCAACUUCCCGUCGUUAGUAUCCCAAAGUCGUCAAAAACCCGACUCCGAUAGCGACGAUGACAAGUUAACCUACAGAGCAGGAACUUGUUAAAUUUACAUCCAAUUUCGUAAUGCAUGCUGGUGGAAUCGCCGGUUAUCCUCCGACGAAAAGCCGGUGAAAAAUUCGUCUGAAAUGUCAGGAGGUGAGUACGGCGAUCACAAUGUUUUGUUACGUUCUACUUCAUCGGCGUCGGAAGGAGAUUUGGAAAGCCAGUCGUCGCCGAGGAGAGCGAAUACCAGAAGCAUUAAGGAUCUAUUGAAGCGGUUAGAUCGAGGAUUUUCUGGUCGGCGAUCAUCGGAUAGGGAUCACCGCCACUCCUCGUCGCCAUCUUCUUCUAAUCGCCGAGGUGUUUCAUCUACUGCGGAUGAAAUUCUCGGUGAUAGUGCUCCGCCGGAAUGGGCGAUGUUGCUUGUUGGAUGCCUCCUUGGCCUUGCUACUGGACUCUGUGUUGCCGGGUUUAAUCGAGGGGUACACGUAAUACACGAGUGGGCAUGGGCUGGUACUCCUAAUGAUGGUGCUGCUUGGCUUCGUUUGCAAAGGCUAGCUGAUACUUGGCAUCGGAUACUUUUAAUACCAGUUUUGGGUGGAGUCAUUGUUGGCAUGUUGCAUGGUCUGCUCGAAAUAUUGGACCAAAUAACACAGUCCAGCUCUACUCAGGGACAAGGAUUUGAUUUGAUUGCUGGAAUCUUCCCUACAGUGAAGGCCACUCAAGCUGCUAUAACUCUGGCUACUGGUUGUUCCUUGGGUCCUGAAGGCCCUAGUGUAGAUAUAGGGAAGUCAUGUGCCUAUGGAUGCUCAAUGAUGAUGGAAAACAACCGGGAAAGAAGAAUAGCUCUCAUUGCAGCUGGUGCAGCUGCUGGAAUUUCUUCAGGUUUCAAUGCAGCAGUAGCUGGUUCUUUCUUUGCGAUUGAAACAGUUUUAAGACCACUCCGUGCUGAAAAUUCACCCCCUUUUACAACUGCGAUGAUCAUAUUGGCUUCUGUUAUAUCAUCAACUGUAUCAAAUGCAGUACUUGGGGAAAAACAGGCUUUCACAGUGCCCACGUAUGAUAUGAAAUCUGCUGCCGAGCUUCCAUUGUAUCUGAUACUGGGGAUGCUGUGUGGAGUAGUAAGUGUUGUUUUCACUCGAUUGGUGUCCUGGUUCACCAAGGGGUUUCAGUUCCUCAAGGAAAAGUUUGGACUUUCUGAUGUUGUCUGCCCUGCUUUGGGGGGUUUAGGUGCUGGUGUAAUAGCUCUGAGAUAUCCUGGAAUUCUCUAUUGGGGUUUCACUAAUGUUGAUGAAAUCCUACAUACUGGGAAAACUGCAUCUGCCCCUGGAAUUGGAUUGCUAGCUCAAUUAGUUGCUGCAAAAGUUGUGGCCACUGCUUUGUGCAAAGGGUCUGGCCUUGUUGGUGGAUUGUAUGCACCAAGCUUAAUGAUAGGUGCUGCUGUAGGUGCUGUAUUUGGAGGGUUAGCCGGGGAACUAAUUAAUUCAGCUAUUCCAGGGAAUGCUGCUAUUGCCCAGCCACAGGCAUAUGCACUGGUGGGGAUGGCUGCUACACUAGCUUCAGUUUGCUCAGUGCCUUUGACUUCAGUGCUUUUAUUAUUUGAGUUGACAAAAGAUUAUAGAAUUUUGCUUCCUCUCAUGGGUGCUGUUGGGCUGGCAAUAUGGGUGCCUUCCGUUACCGACCAGCCAAAAGAAACAGAGUCAUCAGAAGCCAAGUUUGCAUCAAAAGGUUACUCUAUUCUUUCACCAGCUGGCGAAAAAUAUGAAGGGAAUGUUUCAAGGCAAUCUGGUGAGAGAAAUAAUUUGGAACUAAUGGUGAUUGGGAGUCGUAACAGUCAUGAAUCAUUUGAUGAAGGUCUCAUUUUAGAAGAUCUAAAGGUUUCUCAGGCCAUGUCAAAUGAUUAUUUGAAGGUCUCUCCGAGCCAAACUGUGAAAGAAGCAUUAGAAUGCAUGCAUGACGGCCGACAGAGUUGCGUUCUUGUGGUUGAUGCUGAAGGUAACUUGGAAGGAAUUUUAACAUAUGGUGACGUCAAAAGGAGUUUGUUUAAGAACCUUGGGGAUUCGUCCAACAAAGAUUUAUCAGUCACAGACGCAAAUACUUGUCUUGUGUCCUCUAUAUGCACAAGAGGGAUAAGCUAUCGUGGCCAAGAUUGUGGACUCCUAACAUGUUAUCCUGAUACGGAUCUAGCAAUUGCGAAGCAACUAAUGGAAGCCAAAGGAAUUAAACAAUUGCCUGUGGUCAAGCGUGGUGGAGAAUUCAGAAGAGAAAGAAAGCGCAGAAUUAUUGCUCUUCUGCAUUAUGAUUCACUAGAGGAGUCGAUCAGGGGUGAAGUGAGUCGCCGGAAGUCUGUCUACCAGCAGAAUGAAGAAGAAAAAGACAAGCAGAUCAUAACAAAUGGCCAUUAAUUACUCAAGGCACUGAAUAUCACUAGCAAGUUUCAACAAGAAAUUUGUGUUUGUUCUAAUUUGGCAUCUGGUUGGUAUAUGCAACUUUGCUGCACUCCUGUAAUCUGAGACUGGGAAGCAGGCUUCAACAAGAAAUAUAUAAUUUAGUUGGUAGGUAAUAUCCAAUUUACUGUAUAUUCCUCACUUAAUGUGCGUGCAGAAAUUGAGGUUCCUUCCUGUUUGUUUCUGGAGCGGACAUGCUGCACCAGGCUGGCCUACCGAGCCCGAGCGUAAUAUCAUAAAUUUUUCUCACUAGUUUUGUUUUGUACUCAUCGGAAAGGCAGUUGUCAGAGUAAAUUUGACAUUUGACAUUUUGUACAUGAAAUAUAUACUUGGUAGAUCAGGUUAACAUCAAUGUGCGAUAUCGUCAUGGACAAAUAUAUAUAUAUAUAUACAUAAAUUGA